AGCACCUCAGUAAAUUAGUAAAAUAUUAAACUGAGUUAUUGCCCACAUAACAUAUUUUAAUAUAAAUAAUGUAUGAAAACACGUUAAAACAGAAAUAAUAAAGAUGUAAACGUCAUCUCUCGUUCAAACUCACUCGCUCUCUUUCAGCUCGACGCUACCCCGCAGUGGAUUGUGGGAAAUAGUGCUUCAGCGAGUGUACAUCGGUUGUAGAUUCGAGAUCAGAAUGAAUUGUGGGUAAAAGUAGUGGAUGAAUGUAGGGACUGAAGUCGUUCACUCAGAAUUCACAGCGCUACAAAAUGGCUGACACCCGAUCUAGUGCACUAUAUAGUGUUAUAUUUAGUUAUGAUGAUGAAAAAUAUGUAUAUUAAUAUUUACCAGAAUUAACAGUUUAAAACAAUUUUGUUCCUAUGAUUAAAACCUGAUUUUUUUUUCAGUGGAAAAUAUUUUAAUAACCAGUUAAUUCAUGUUAACACAUGCAGCAUUAGAUCUUUAGUAAAAGUCUUCCAGAAGAUGAAGUGAUUAUUAGUAGCACAUAUGAAAAAUCAGACAGUAUCAUCUCAGUGCUUGAAUGAUACUGACAUGUUCAUCUGCAAACUCAAUAAUAAUCUCCUCUUUUCUGUGUUUCUUUGUGCUGCUGUCAGGGACUGUGAUGGAGGGAGAUGAUGUCCCUCUAAACCCUGAAACUGAUAUACAGACAGGAGAUGAGAUACAGUGGCUGUUUGUAUAUGAAGAUACUCUCAUCGCUGAAAUCAAAGGAGAGACCAGAGAGAUGACUACACAUGAAGGUCCUGAUGGGAGAUUCAAGAACAGACUGAAGCUGGACGAGACGACUGGAUCACUGACCAUCACAGAAAUCUUAACUAAACACGCUGGACUCUACACUCUGAAGAUCAGAAGAGGCAGAGAAACCUUAAAGAAAAGAUUCAAUGUUUCUGUCAGCGAGAGGAUGAGAAGAUCAGUGAUGGAGGGAGAUUAUGUCCUUCUAAACCCUGAUACUGAAAUACAGAAAGGUGAUGAGGUUCAGUGGCUGUGUGGAUAUAAAGAGCCACAGACUGUCAUAGCUGAAAUCAAGAACACAGAGGUGACUAAAUAUGAUCAUUGGAGAUUUAGAGACAGACUGAAGCUGAAUGAGGAGACAGGCACACUGAUCAUCACAAAGUCCACCGCUGCACACGAGGGAUACUACACUCUGAAGAUCACAAGAGACAGAGGCAGAGACAAAAUAUACAAAAGAUUCUUCAUUUUUGUCACCGGUGAGUCACUCCAGUCAGUGUAA